AAAUAUCAGUGGGCACAAUAUGUGUCACGUACUGGUAAGCGGAUAAGUGUCUGAAACUGAUGCGUAUAAAUUUGUGACGAAAAGACUAUUGCCUGUGUAAACAGGUCGGUUUUAACGUGUUUUUUUUGGUGCACAUGUUGUAGAUGUUAUGAACGUUCUUUAAUAUUUUUAAACAAAUUAUGACAAUUACAGUCUCGAAAACAGUGUGAUCUUAAUAAUUAGAAAAUAUAGUUGCGAACUAUUUUGUGGUAGAUACGAAUGAGACACAAUUAAAAAUAGCGCAUGCAAAUCAAUCUGGCGUUAAUUUACAACUCUUCCUACAAGGCAUCCGCUAUGAUGCAAUUACUGUUAAUUGCAUAUUAAGUGGGAGACAAAUGAAAACUAAUUAAGGUAAUGGUUGCUUAGUUCCUGUGAUGAUGUUAGAACGAUAAUAGAAAACAAUGGGUUUGAUUAGUCUUUUUCAUAAGCCGCAUAUUACAUAUCAAUAUAUAUUUUUAUAUAAAUACAUAGAAAGAGCUGUAUAAAAAGAUAGUUAAAGGAAGGAAAAUGAUUUAUAACAUUUUAUAACCAAUUAAAAAAUCAAAGCAGUGUUCUAUAUUUUGAUUUUAACACAUAUUUAAAUGUGAAAUAGUUAUGAUUACUCGUUUGUCGAUUGAUCAAAUGAUUUUUUACAUCAUUUUGUUGUACUUGAGAACUUGCCACAAUGAAAUAGUGACGCGAUUUCAACAUGGUGAUCAGAUUAAAGCGACUACAUUCUGUAGAGAAGGAAACUGCAAAUGUGGAAGUUCCAGUGCGACGUACUAUAAUUUUCCUGGAGAUGAAAAAUGCAUACAUGCUACUGACACUGAAUGUGCACUAAAAGUGGUUGGAGAUGCAACAAAUGUACCUAUGAUUACACAAAGCAUGCUCCAUCAUACAGAAUUAAAAAUAACGAAAGAAGGAGAGAAUUUCUGUUCAAGUGCAUUUAGAGCAUCAAGCGUAAGAAUUUUAGCGUUAGCAAAUAAUUGGCAGGAAGUGCCCAUGUUCUUUGCAAAUUCCAUCUCAACAAAACUAAAAAUCCAAGAGCUAACAGUCCAGUUUCGUACAAUAUGGCCUGGGCUGUUGAUAAAGCUUGAAGUCAAGUGUAAAGAAAGUAAUGAAAGGGAAUAUACACCACGUGAAAAUUGUGUUCUUUUCAAAUACGAAGGAACCGCAACUUAUCCUUUAAACUUAACAUCUUUUGAAGCUUCAUCUUUGACAACAGCAGGACCUUCAAUAUUAACGACAACGCAUGGACCAGCAGCAUCUACAACAACUUCACAAUUUAGUACAGUUUCUAAUAACAAAAUAAAAGGUCCAGACACAAGUUCGGAAACGUACGCACCAUCCAUCUCUUCUCCGACUACUCACAGUAAACCUUUAAUGUCUUUAAGUCCAAGUGUAGAAAAAAGUAAGGAAAACAAGGAAGUUGCCAUGGCAACAGGGAUUGCAACGGCUGUAAUUUUAAUAUUAGUUGUAGCUAUUAUCAUCUUGAUAUAUUACAAGAAGAAACUUGAUAGAAGAAAUACAAGCACAACCUAUACAGAAACAAAUAUUGAAGAAAUCAAUUAUGACCAAAUAAACCAAAAACAAGAAGGAGAAGAAAAAGAAGGACAAAGAAACAAAGUUGAGUUUUCAAACCAAACCUACGGUUAUAAAAUUGAUAUAUCUACAAAUGUUGAACAUGAGAACAACGUACAUGAAACACAAAAACGGGAAAGUCAUUAUUACAACACAAAUGAAUUGAUGAGUAAUUCUAACUAUUACAAUAUGAUUGGUGGGAAAGAAAUGCCACGUGAUGAUAACAAGCCAAUGAACAAAAAUAACGCAGAAAAUGUGAAGGAAUAUGAAGAAAUUUGGGAUAAUAAUAUUAUAAAUAACAAGAGAGUUGGUAACCAAGAAAACAACAAGAAUAACCAUGGUUACAAUAAAACGUUAUGUCAUAAUCUUGCGCGUAAGGAGGAGAGUGUUGAGAUCAUAUAACAUACAAGAAGCAAAUCAUAAAGUUGGAAGUUGUUUAUAAAAGAUUGGUGUCGCGGGUAGUUUUCGAGAAAUAUAAUUGAGGAAAUUCAUCUUCCUA